AUGAGGCAACUACGUAUUGUAUUUCUUGGAGCAGAGCGGGUAGGGAAAACGAGUAUUAUUAAACAAUUCCUGUACGGAUCUUUCCAAGAAGCAACCGAGCCAACUCUUGAAAACUGUUACAACGAAACUGUUUGCCUCCCUAACGGCUUAUUUCAACAAGUUCAAAUCAUCGAUACUUCAGGCAGCAAUGAGUUUCCCGCCAUGCAAGACCUUAAUAUUAGGAAUGGAGACGAUUUUGUCGUGGUGUAUGCAGUAGAUGACCCCCAGUCAUUUCAUCAGGCCCACUCACUUAUUAAAAAAGUCAAAGACAUUAAAGGAAAAGACUUCAGCAGGAUAAUUCUUGUGGGAAACAAGAUAGACAAAACGAAUUCUAGAAAAGUAACUACUGAAGAAGUUCUGAAGAAAUCAGUAACCGAGGAAAUGCUCUGCUUUACUGAAACAAGUGCUAAACUGAACUGUAACAUUAGAUGCCUUUUCCAAAUUAUUUUAAGGAACUACGUGAAGUCAGAUGAUUUAUAUUUUAAGAAGAAAACCAGAAAAAUAUCGAAAUGUAAAGUUAAGAGCUUUUCGGGUUCCUGUGUUAAAGCUAGGAAAACCUCAGUGCAAAGUCUUGUAUACUCACUUUAUACCAAAAAUAAUUAUAUAAAUGUUUGUCCAGCUUAA